AUGCGCGUGGUGUGCGAUAUAGAGGCAAGCCUGUUGGUCCACGCGGCAGCGCGCGUCUGUAAGGGAGCUAAGGCGCGUGUCGCCGGCGAGCUGAGCUCCGCCUGCUCGGGAAGGCGGGAUGGGAGCAUGAGCCGCGUCCCGUCGAAGUGGACUAGUACGCUCGGAGCCGACCUCCCUAUCCACCACGCGCGCGAAGUCUUUGCUGCUCCUGCGGGCGGCUCGCCAUGUCGCGUGGCUGCAGCAUGCAGCUGCUCUCUUGCACCCGCCUUCUACUCUCCCCGCGCACUCACGCUCUUCCCGCGCCUCCGCCGCAUCCUCCCGGCCUUCCUACCCAGCAACUACACCUUUUCCUUCCUUCUCACUGUCGUCGCUGCACCCCUGCUCCUCCCUCUUCCAAGCGGCGGCUGGUCUGCUCGCUGCACGCGCUCGCCGUCGCGCUCGGAUGGGACGCGCACCUCUACGUCUCAAAAGGGCCUCAUCCACGCCUACGUCGCCCGCAGCCACCUCGCCUCCACGCGCCGCGCCUUAGAUGACGCCUGCAGCAGGGACGCCUGCUGCUUGACCUCGCUCCUCACCGCCUACGCCAGGGCCGGGCAGCUGGACGAAGCGCGCGCCCUGUUCGACGGAAUGCCCCGCAGGACACCCGUCGCCUGGAGAGCGAUGCUCAGAGCCUGCGUGCGGCCUAAAAGGGCGGCCGUCGUCGGCGCGCUGGCCGCGUGCUGCGCGCUCGGGGCGCUGGAGCAGGGUCGUUGGGUGCACGCACUCGUCGCUUCUCUCAAGAGGAGCGGGAUGGACGUGGUGGUGGCCACCGCGCUGGUGGACAUGUACGCCAAGUGUGGGAGCCCGGAGGCGGCGACGCAGGUGUUCGCGGCCAUGCCGGAGCGCGAGCAGGACGUGUUCGCCUACAUGGCCAUGAUAUCCGGUCUGUCGGACCACGGCCGCUGCAGGGAGGUUGUCGGCCUGUUCGGCCGGAUGCAGGACCGAGGGGUGCGCCCCCACGAGGUCACACCUUAA